UCCAGUGGCAGAGAUCCUUAUCUGUCCUGACAGAGCAGAGACAAAGGAACUUGAUGUUUACCUGAGAAUGGGCCGACUGGUUUUUCUCACAGCAGAGGGAUAAAGAAGGAGGACCGUAACUUUUCUCCUUGGAAUCCCAGGUGAAAGACAUCCGUUAUUCUGAGUUCUAGACUACACCAGGUGAAGGGAGAGAUCAGUUAUUCUGAGUUCUAGACUAUACCAGGUGAAUGGAGAGAAUGGUUAUUCUGAGUUCUAGACUACACCGGGUGAAUGGAGAGGACGGUUAUUCUGAGUUCUAGACUAUACCAGGUGAAUGGGGAGAAUGGUUAUUCUGAGUUCUAGACUACACCAGGUGAAUGGAGAGAUCGGUUAUUCUGAGUUCUAGACUACACCAGGUGAAUGGAGAGAACAGUUAUUCUGAGUUCUAGACUACACCGGGUGAAUGGAGAGAUCGGUUAUUCUGAGUUCUAGACUACACCAGGUGAAUGGAGAGAUCGGUUAUUCUGAGUUCUAGACUACACCGGGUGAAUGGAGAGAUCGGUUAUUCUGAGUUCUAGACUACACCGGGUGAAUGGAGAGAUCGGUUAUUCUGAGUUCUAGACUACACCGGGUGAAUGGAGAGAUCGGGUGAAUGGAGAGAUCGGUUAUUCUGAGUUCUAGACUACACCGGGUGAAUGGAGAGAUCGGUUAUUCUGAGUUCUAGACUACACCGGGUGAAUGGAGAGAUCGGUUAUUCUGAGUUCUAGACUACACCGGGUGAAUGGAGAGAUCGGUUAUUCUGAGUUCUAGACUACACCGGGUGAAUGGAGAGAUCGGUUAUUCUGAGUUCUAGACUACACCGGGUGAAUGGAGAGAACAGUUAUUCUGAGUUCUAGACUACACCGGGUGAAUGGAGAGAUCGGUUAUUCUGAGUUCUAGACUACACCGGGUGAAUGGAGAGAUCGGUUAUUCUGAGUUCUAGACUACACCAGGUGAAUGGAGAGAUCGGUUAUUCUGAGUUCUAGAGUACACCGGGUGAAUGGAGAGGACGGUUAUUCUGAGUUCUAGACUACACCAGGUGAAUGGAUAGAUCGGUUAUUCUGAGUUCUAGACUACACCGGGUGAAUGGAGAGAUCGGUUAUUCUGAGUUCUAGACUACACCGGGUGAAUGGAGAGAUCGGUUUUUCUGAGUUCUAGACUACACCGGGUGAAUGGAGAGAUCGGUUGUUCUGAGUUCUAGACUACACCGGGUGAAUGGAGAGAACAGUUAUUCUGAGUUCUAGACUACACCAGGUGAAUGGAGAGGAGAAUGUGACAGAGAGGUGGACAUUACAUUUCUAGAACUUCUGGAGUUAAUGGAAGAGGGUGCUGGAUAACUUAAUGGAAAUAAGGACUGGACGUUUGACUGUAUUUCAUGGAGAUAACUCAGUGGCUUACCCAGUGGGUAACAGGGGGUCGUUCUACCUCUCCCAGAGCUGCUAAGGGCCCCGGUCUGCUCCGAAUCAAAACACGUAGAGUGACUGUUCUGAGAACGUCAUGUUUCGCUGCUCUCGGCGGUACGCUCUUUCUCCUCCUCGGAGUGUGUUUGCUCAAUCUCCCGGAGCCGCGAGAGCAACCCUUCCCUCUGACUGAAGGUGAACCCGGAGAUGUCACCCUUCUUCUGUGGACGCACCCCUUCGGCCAUUACCGUAGACUGCCGGACUGUGAGGCGCGCUUUGGAAUCCGCGGGUGCGUACUGACCGACGACCGGCGCAUGUACCCCGGGGCUGACGCCAUCAUCGUGCACCACCGUGAGAUAACGACCAACGCCACGGCGCUCCCGUCAGACCCACGGCCCCGUGGCCAGAAGUGGAUCUGGAUGAAUUUUGAGUCCCCGUCUCACACUCGUGGCCUGCGGCGGUUUGAGGGCGUGUUCAAUCUCACCAUGACCUACCGUGCAGAUUCAGACAUAUUCCUUCCUUACGGCUACCUGGUGCCCCGCCUUCGCCCUCACGCCAACGCCCCCCCACACACACGCCCCAGACGGCCCCACCUACUGGCCUGGGUCAUCAGUAACUGGUCGGAGUCGCAGGCCCGCGUGGCGUAUUACCGUCGGCUGGUUAACUACAUUGCGGUGGAUGUGUUUGGGCGUGCAGGUGUGCCACUGCCAGAGGACAGCACUGUGGUGCGCACGAUGAGGCGUUACCUGUUUUAUCUGGCGUUGGAGAACUCGCAGCACACCGACUACAUCACCGAGAAGCUCUGGAACUCCUUACUGGCCGGGGCCGUUCCUGUAGUUCUCGGGCCGCCGCGGGAAAACUACGAACGCUUCCUCCCCCCUGAGGCCUUUAUCCAUGUGGACGACUUCCCCUCUCCCCGCCUGCUCGCCCAAUACCUGUUGCUGCUACGCCGGAGCCCCGCCCUCCUGCAGAGACACCUGGCCUGGAGGAGGAGCUACAGCGUACACCUGACCGCCUUCUGGGCGGAGCAUUACUGCACAGCGUGUCGCGCCGUGCGGAACCACAGACUCCGGACUGACACCAUCACCAACCUUCAGCGCUGGUUUGAGUCCUGACCUAUGACUGCUUUCUGACCUUCUGAUAUGUGAACAUGAUUGGUCAGAUAUCUAGGCCACAGCCCAGUCUGUAGCAGGGACUCCGUAGGAACUGUCUUUAACAACAUCUAGCAAAACGUGGUUCACGGGAAUUAACUUUUUGUAACGUCAUUGAACUGUGAUUCACUUGGUCUGUUAGUUAUUUGUAUUAGUCAGGGUUCAGUCGUGUGUGUGU